AUGAAAAAGAACUUCUUCUUUCAAUUCAUAAAGGCGAGCCAACAUGUUGCCUUUGGACAGCCAGCGUACUUCUGUGUGGAACAGAAGAACUUUGUGAUCAGAAUCGAGAUCCUCGCAAAGAUCGCGGCACAAUCCCAAGCUAAGCAAAAUACAAAAGCAAAGCUUCAAAAGUGCAAUGAUGCAGUAAAUGAUAAUGCACUGGUGCUGGACUUAGUUUUAGCCAACUUUAAUGACGUUGUACCAAGGACUUACCGCCUGCUAAAGAGGAUCAUUAUCCAGCUUUAUUACUCGAGUAGGGGAUUGGAGAGGACUUAG